CACCACAUUUCGGUGCAAAGUGUAUUUAAGUGGCCAGGCGCUCGGUUGUCGGGAACACACGCGUUUCACCCACUUGUACUGGCGGUCGCGGAGCUUAGCAAAUACCAAAAAAGGAGAACCCCAGAGAGCACCGUCAUCAUGAUUCCGACCAUAACGAAGAAGUACCAGAACGUGGUGAUUAGCACGGGAAACAUAAUUACCACAGAGCUGGGCCAGCGCAAGUCCAACGAGGAGCUGUACGACGGCCUGAAGAUAACGCUCCACAGCGAUCCCAGCGUGGAGCGCGUGGUGGUGGAGAAGGAGAUCGACGAGCUGCACGGCCGGGUGCAGCGAGCCACCCAGGAGCUGACCACCCGGCUGACGGAGAACGGCCGCAAUGAGAUCAGCAUCGGCGCCAAGAUAUUCCUCAAUCGCCACUCUACAGAGUGUGUGAACCAGGCGGUGGAGGCGCUGCUCAACAUACUCAGUGUGACGCACGUGGACAAUGUGGUGCUGGCCUACCACCCUAAUGCGGUUGCCAGCGCAACGCCGGUGGCCACAACAGGCGGCCAGCCCAAGUCCCCCUGCUCUGAGGGCAUCUCGGCCAGCAAGGCCAGCACCUGGAGCCUGCGAAACGGCGAGGAAGGAGUGUCGGAGCUCAAGGAAUUGUACCAAACCCUGGAGCAGUACGCCCUCAAGCAGCAGAUCACCCAGCUGGGCAUAGCCGAUCUGGAUGCGGCGGCAUUGGAGGAGCUGCACAAGGGCGCCCAGGUGGCGCCCACCAUUGCCCAGGUCAAUCUGUCCACCUGCUGCGUGGUGCCCGCGGAUCUGCAGGAGUUCUGUACCGCCCACGACAUCCAGCUGAACACACACAGCGAUCCCGAGCUCCUGCUGCCCGAGGAGCAGUUCGCCGCACUGGCGCCGGACUACUCCAUCGACUGGUCACUGCGCUACCAGGUGCACGUCCGCUGCCGAGGCGUCCUCACCGCCAAGGGAUACAUCGUGGGCGCCUCGCGUUCCAGCGAUUAGAUUUAGUGCCCCUGCCCCCCCCAUAACCAGAUGCUAGGCUAUAGUUUUAAUGUUUGUAAUGUAUGCUCGUGUAUACUGGUGUACUUAUUGUUUGUUAUACAAAACCCCGAUUGAGGAUUCGAAGCCGAUCGAUUGAUUUUACUGUAAACUGUAAACGAUUUUUCAAUACUUAUUCUGAACAUAAAGCGUUUCAAAAACGGCAA